AUGUCUCUCAAACAGGAAAUCGAAAGCUGGGUGGAAGCAUUAAACUAUUAUGAUGCACAAGAAUACGAGGAUGCUUUGAGGAUAUUCGAGCAGAAUGCCGACACCUCAAAGAUAUACUUCAACAUUGGAAUGAUCCAUGCAACACUCGGCGAGCACGAAAAAGCUGUCGAGGCUUAUCAAAGAGCAACGAAGCUCGACCAGUUCCUCGCCGUUGCCUACUUCCAGCAAGGGGUCUCAAAUUUCCUGCUAGGGGAGUUCACGGAAGCUAUGGCCAAUUUCAACGAGGCACUUCUAUAUCUGCGGGGGAAUACCUUGAUCGACUACGAACAGCUAGGGCUCAAGUUUAAGCUAUUUUCCUGCGAGGUUUUGUUCAACAGGGGUUUGUGUUACAUAUAUGAUCAGCAAAUUGAGCUUGGGAUGAAGGAUCUGGAGUAUGCGGCCAAAGAGAAGCAGGUGGAGGAUCACAGUGUCAUUGAUGAUGCUAUCAGGGAGCAGGCGGAGAGGUACACUGUGUUUUCUGUAGGAGUCGGCGUUCUCUACCGCCCCAACGAAGCCAAGGUCAGGAACGUCAAAGCAAAGGAUUACCUGGGUAAGGCUCGGUUGGUUGCAGCCUCGGAUGCUCAGAAUGCCUUCACCGGGUUCGCCGGUACGGAGGUCAAGAAGCAAAUGAAUUCCGAGAACUUGGCGACUGAUGACCGCGCGCCGACCGAGAUUUCCUUUGCUGCAACAAAUCUUGUAAAUCCCGACCUAGUUACAUCUCGCCGCAAGUCAGAUACCGCACCCUCAAAGGAGGGAUCCGCCGCCAGCAUACGGGGCGCAGAUCGUCAACCAAUACGAAGUAAUACCGUCGCCGGAGUUCCAUCGAGUGGUAGCAGCAGCAGAUCACUUUCAGUCCGGGGAGCACCUCCUCGAGCGAGAAGCCGUGACGGAGGUCGAGACGACCGAGGUGGGAUGGAUGACGAUGAAAGAUAUUUGCAGCAGCAGCGAAGACCUCCCCCGGGACACCUCCGCGGUCAGUCAGUGGAACCUCGCCGUGCGUACUCCACUCGUGCUCCGGCCCCAGCGCAGCCAGCGACCGCCCAGCGGUCGCGGACCGUCCGCGAGCGCGGCGACCGGCACCAGGACGAAGAGGGUCAAACACAGUACUCGGAGGAUAUUUAUACCGCGUAUAGUCAUGAGCGUGAUACACCUAGGCGCGGCGGUGGCGGUGGCUCCAUUAGGCGCGGUCUCACCCGCCGGGGAACAAAUAGUAGACAGGAGCGCUUUGUGGAUGAAGACGAAUAUGCUAGUGACGCUUAUGAGGGAUCUUCGUUCGAUGAGGAUGAUUUUGAGAUGCUUGAUAACCGUAGUAUUCGUAGCGGAGCUUCCCGUCGUGCCCCGGAGGUAAAAAAGAUCAAAGUCAAGGCACACGGUGAAGAUACGCGGAUGAUCAUGAUAAAUGUCAAUAUCGAUUUCGAUGAAUUCGUCACCCGUCUCCAAGAUAAAUUUGGAUACCGUCGUAAGACUAGAUGCAAAAUCAGGGACGAGGACGGUGACGGUUUUAUCAGCGUCUCUGAUCAGGAGGAUCUUGACAUGGCGAUCUCAUCGGCCAAAAAGAAUGCAAGGCGCGAGCGCUCCGAGUUUGGAAAACUUGAGAUUUGGGUCCACGAAGUGUAA